AUGAUCGAAAUAGACUUUCAGUCUGAUCCAGUGUCUAAUGGAAACACUAACAAAGAUGAUGAUAAUAAAGAUGAGAUUUAUAUUGACAGUGAUUACGAUGAACAUUAUACAGAAUCUUCUACAUCAUUCUUGGAUUCGUCGGUCAGUCAGCAUCAGUCAUCAACAUCAGCAAAUUCAAAAACAGCUAGUUCAAUGAAACAUUAUCAACCACUAACAAAAACGUUAUCGAAAUAUGCAGAUAAAAUUGAUGUUGGUCCCUAUAUUCCGAAACACUCACAAUUCGAAGAUACCUUACACAAAACGGUCGAUUCAAAUCGUUAUAGAAGUAAAGAUAAACAUGAUCGUGCUACGGUUGAACAGGUACUUGAUCCUCGUACAAGAAUGAUUUUAUUUAAAUUUAUUCAACGUGGUGAAUUACGAGAAAUAAACGGAUGUAUAUCAACGGGUAAAGAAGCCAAUGUUUAUUAUGCAACUCGAGAUGGAAAAAAUGAUUGUGCAAUUAAAAUUUAUAAAACAUCGAUACUCGUAUUUAAAGAUCGUGACAAAUAUGUGACUGGAGAAUAUCGAUUUCGACACGGUUAUUCGAGACAUAAUCCAAGAAAAAUGGUUCGUCUAUGGGCAGAAAAAGAGUACAGAAAUUUGAUUAGAUUACAUCAAAAUGGCAUACCAUGUCCAAAAGCAAUCGAUUUAAAAGAGCAUGUUCUUCUAAUGGAAUUUAUUGGUGAAAAUGGUUGGCCAGCCCCAUUAUUGAAAGAGAUAACAAAUCUUGAAGAAACACAGGCAUACAAAUUAUACAUUGAUCUAAUUGGUUAUAUGCGUAUUAUGUAUGAUAAAUGUAAAUUGGUUCAUGCUGAUUUAAGUGAAUUUAAUAUUUUAUAUCAUUUACAAAAGUUAUUUAUUAUUGAUGUUUCACAAUCAGUUGAACAAUCACAUCCAAAUGCUCUCGAAUUUUUACGAAAAGAUUGUCAUAAUGUUAACGAUUAUUUUCAAAAAAAAUUAGCAAUUAAAACAUUGACAACUAAAGAAUUAUUUGAUUAUAUUACAGAUCCAACAAUUGAUGAUAAUAAUGAACAACAAUAUUUAGACAAAAUACUAUCAAUUGCACAAGAACGUCAGUAUCCAUUACCAGAAGAACAGAUUGUAUCUGACCAAGUGUUUAAAUCCAUCUAUAUUCCACAAACGUUAAUAGAAGUCGUUGAUUAUGAAAAAGACUUUAGACAAUGUAAGACGAAUGGUGAUCAAAAUCUAUCUUAUGCAACGUUGCAUGCAAUGAAAGAUGAUUUAUCAGGUGCACGUUUGAAACCAAAACUAUUAGAAGAAGAAGAGGAAGAAGACGAUGAUAAUACCAAUGAUGAUACAACAUCGUCUUGUUCAACAACGUCUGAUGAUAGUUUUCAAUCAGCAAACGAAGAAUUAACAAAAAAUAAUGUUUCAGGUAUUAUUCGUCCAAGAAAUGAAUCACCAGCCAGUAAAAAAUUACGAAAACAAGCGGUCAAAGAGGAAAAUCGAGAAAAAAGAAAGACAAAAAUUAAAAAACAUAUUAAAAAACGUGCAGAAAAAUUGGGCGGUGAUAGCAGAAAAAGAAGAAAAUAA